UCUGUAAGUCUUUAGAUUGAGUCAGUAGGUAUUGUCAGUUGGGGGGGUAGAGUCUAAGUGGUGAGGAGUGGAAUAGUUGUUCGGUUGUGCACCUGACGCCAUGGUUGAGACACGUAUUGGAACGAGCACUACCCCACAGUCCGAGGCCGAACAGACCCGGAUUGCCGCCAUCCUGAGAGAGAGAAAAGAGAAGAAAGAGCUCCUCAAGCAGGCAAAGUUAAAGGCGAUACAGGUGGCGAAGAAGAAGAGGUUAGAAGAGGAAAUGAUGAGGUUACAAAAGGAGGAGAUGUUGAAGUUACAGUGGGAGGAGGAAGAGAAGAGGAAGGCUGCCGAAGAAGAAGCAGCAGCAGAAGAGGAGGAAGUGGAAGAAGAUCCCCUUGAAAGAAGGCGUGGGGGAGAUAGAGGAGAGACAAGUGGCACGAAGGGAGAGGACGCAUGGAUGGAGAAGACGAUCAGCGAGUGGGUGGCUAACUUAUCGUUGGGUGAAGACGAAGAGGCACUGUUGUACGUGCCGCAGGAGGAGAGGGAAGUAUUCGCCAGGGAAUUCGAGGCGAUAGAGAACCCCCUGGAACACUUGACAAUAGAAGACGAAAAGAAGUUCGAGUGGAAAUUACGUAUGAUGAGGGAGAAGAAGAGGAGGAGGGAGGAAACCAAUCGGGUGGCCAAAGAGGUGGAGAGAGUUCGGGCAUGCAGGCAGGAGGUUCAGACACAGGCCGAAACCCCUGCGAAGUUAGAUAAGAUUUUGGGAUACUUGGAGGUUCUGAGUAUGGACUGGGGAGAGGCAGCAGGGGCCACACUCCACUUGAGAGAGCAUGAGUGUAGGCUCCCUAGUUUGUCAGGCGAGGUUAAGAUUGCCCGCCUGUUUCAUGUGUCUGGAGUAGAUAACUCGCUGGCACAUUGUCGUCUCAGUGCUCCUGCGUUCGCGCGACUAGUGAGAAAGGAGCCAUUAGAGGAUCAGGUCUUCGUAGUGUAUGUCAGACCUGUCACUGAGCCUAAAGAAGAGGAUAGUUCCAUGGAUCCAGCCAUUGCCAAGCUGUUGGAAGAGUUUAAAGAUCUGACAGAGCCGCCGACAGGAGUAGUGUCGCGGCCGAUCCAACACAGGAUAGAGAUAGAGCCUGGCAGUAGAACUCCUAAGGGAGCAGUUUACAGGAUGUCCCUUAGGGAGUUAGAGGAAUUGCGCAAGCAGUUGGACGAGCUCCUUGAGAAAGGUUGGAUUAGGCCCAGUUCGUCUCCUUUUGGAGCACCAGUUUUGUUUGUCCCCAAGAAGGAUGGAGAGUUGCGAAUGUGUAUAGACUAUAGGGGUCUGAAUGCGAUCACAGUAAAGAGCGUUGAGCCACUGCCUAAGAUAGACGAUCUUUUAGAUCGGGUGCAGGGGUGCAGAUAUUUUUCAAAGAUAGAGUUAAAGUCCGGGUAUCAUGAGAUAGAGGUCCAUCCUGAUGACCAGUACAAGACUACUUUCCGGACUAGAUAUGGGCAUUAUGAGUUCAUAGUGAUGCCCUUUGGACUGACCAAUGUGCCAGCUACAUUUCAGCGAUGUAUGAACGAUCUGUUUAGGCCUUGGUUAGACAGAUUCGUUGUAGUAUACUUGGACGAUAUCUUAGUGUUCAAUAGGACCCUCCAAGAGCACCAGGGUCAUUUGAGGUUGCUCAAGAAAGAGGCAAUAUGGCAGUGGGAUAAAGAGUGCGUGUCUGCACUAAAGAAAUUAAAGCGCGCGUUGAUAGAAUACCCUGUCCUCAAAGUAGUAGAUCCGUCCUUGCCAUUUCUCAUCACCAGGGACGCGAGUCAAUAUGGAAUAGGCGUCGUAUUACAACAGGACGACGACAAUGGUUAUAGACCCGUAGAGUUCAUGUCAGCGAGGAUGCCCUCAGAGAAGGUCGCUACCUCGACGUAUGAGAGGGAACUCUACGCUCUCAGGCAGGCCUUAGAGCACUGGAAGCAUUACCUGCUUGGGAGGCACUUCAAGGUGUAUUCAGACCACGAGACACUUAGAUGGCUGAAGACACAAGCCAAGAUGACACCUAAGUUGACUAGGUGGGCCGCUAAGAUAGACCAGUACGACUUUGAGCUCAAGCCUGUGAAAGGCAAGUACAAUGUAGGUGCGGAUGCUCUAAGUAGGAUAUCAGACUACUUUGGAGCUAUAGUUCACUAUCUGGACAUAGGGAGUGACCUGCAGGAGAAAGUUAGACAGGCGUAUGUGCAGGACCCUAUCUAUAGUGACCUCCUCAAGAGGGUUAAGGAGGCCCCAGAGACAGAGCUAGAUUACCGCACUACAGGAGGGUUGCUAUUUGAGAAAACCAAUGUAGUAGAUCGUUUGUGCAUUCCUAACAGCGAGGGGAUCCGUAGUUUGAUCCUAGGGGAAUGCCACGACACAGAGGGACACUUCGGUUGGCAAAAUACUCUAGCCAAUCUAAUGCACGCGUAUACAUGGUCAGGAAUGAAGAACGACUACAUAGAGUAUGUCCGUAGUUGUAAGGUGCUGUGCUGCCUGAACUACGAAGUGCAAAGCAGAAAUGAGGUAGGGAGAGGUAGAUGCGGUGUGGAUGGAGGGGGGGGAAGCAAAUACACUGACAGGUUGAACUAUUCAUUCAAUUCUUUCAUAACUUGUGGGGUGAUGCAGUUCUACUGCUACUCAGAUGAUGGUGUUCGGGUGUUCAUCAACGACGAGCAAGUACUUGAAGACGAUUCUGUGCAUGCAUCUCAGCUGUCAUAUGGAACAUUUUACAACAGAAUACCCAAUUCCUGGAAUCGAAUCUACGUGCAGUACUUUCAAUCUGGUGGUGCUAAGCGCCUUCAGCUAAGGUGGAGACCUCCCGGUGGCCGAUAUUCAGGUGGACCAGGCACUACGGGCUUCCGCAAAAAGCAACAGGCAGGCAGGAAGGCAUACUCGUCUCAUGUCGGAAGACUUUCACUCUCUGUUCCAACUCCAGGAAAGAAUGGCUUCGCACUUUCUGGAAUGCAGUUCAUACCUUAUGAAUGGUUGGCAAGGAAGGAUGGAAAACAUCAUCAGCAAAAUGAAUCUGUCCGCGCAUCAUCCCUCGAGUAUGAUCAACCCGUGGAUGGCAGAGUGUUUGAUCCACUUGACCCUUUUGGCCCAUGGCAGGAGUCUAUGUUUCCAACUACCAGGGAAAAUUUGAAAAUCUCAGGAAAACCUCAAGCUGGCACCCGCUCUUACAUUUCUUCACUGAAAAGUUUGGAUUCAAAGCCCAGGAAAUCUCUAUCCGGUGCUAAGGAUGUGCAUACCUCACAAUUCGAAACAGUUGGCCUAGAGAUGGAAGAUCUCGAACUGGGCCAUGGUGAAGGUCAGAUGUGGGGCCGUGCCGGGAGUGAGACUGGUGUGCAGCAAAACUCGUCUGUACCCAGCGAUGAGGUCCUCCUCGAUCUGAUGGAUAUCAUGGGAGUGCUGCCUAACACACUCCUUGAAUCGGAGCCUGGGAGUUAUGAAUACUACCUGGCCAAGUCUUUGGCAAACAAUUCUGAUGCGUUGACUUCGUUCAUAAGCAAGUUUCUCGGAAAUGUAACGGACCAGGUUCAAGCUCUUGGUAAAUACAGAGGCUCUCAGGAUCUGCUUGCGAAGGAGAUGCUCUUAUCCCCAAAUGGGUCACAGGCUACUCCUGAAGAGCUCCUGUCCUGGCUCCACAAUGGUGAUUUCCCAAGAAAGAGGCCACCGAAAUAUCACAGGCUGGAUGAGAUAUACAACCGCUCUUGGAGUGAGAGGCGUGAGCUACAGUGGGAGGAUUGUCAGAUGUCGGACGGGUGCCCCAUUCCUCAAGAGGUUUACGGUGGAGCCCAAAAGGCAAUGAGCGAGAGGGAGAAGCAGGACUUUGCUCGAGGUCAGGAGGGAAUGGCAAUGAGCCAACCAGGGAAGGCGACAUCUCAGUCAGGUACGGCGCCAAGAACAGGGGAAGCCAAGUCGCGAUCUUUGGGGCAAAAGGCGAUGGAUUUCCUUUUGGAGAAAACACAAUUCAAGGCAGAGAUUAAGAUCACGAAGGAGGUAAUCAAGGGAGAAGGGGGGAAGGAGGAAGUGGUUGUUUGGGAAUACCCAGAAGAGGACAUUCAGUCUCUGAAUGAGCUGUAUGAGAAGCACGCGGUCCUGUUUAACUUCUCGGGAAGAAGCAAGGAGCUUUCAUUGAAUGAGAAGAGAAGGGGUAGAGGUCACCUAGGAACCUCUUGUCCACAAGGGGGAUCAGGAGGACCAGGAGGAAAACGGGUGGCAUUGAGACAAACUAUGCUACAGGAGUGCGAGAGAGAACCAGGUGUCUGGUAUAUCAAUUCAUCUCAAUACAGGGGAUGGAUAUUUGACGACAACCUGGAAAAUCCAAAGUGGGUGUGGGUGUUGAAAAGGGAACCAACGGUCAAACUAGACAUCUAUCCGCCCUAUGAUAGCAGGUGGAGACACACUGGAGCCAAGAGAAUGGAGGACAAGGAAACGGGUUUUAUCGUUAAACCCAUGUUGGAUGAUGCGGUCAUGCAGGAUGUCGAGCAGAGAUUGAAGCUUAUGGGGGAAUUGCACGAGGUUGGGAAAAAUGCGGAAUUGGCAUUCUUGGAAAAUGCAGAAGCCAGAGCACAGCAGCAGGGGCAGGCAAGAGGCAGGGAAGAGGGGUCAAAGGAAAUGGAGGAGGGUAAGGGAGACAACAUGGAUUGUGAGGAAGGAGGGAGGGGAGGAACAGAGGGAGGAAGUACUUCCACAAAGAGGAAGGGAGAGUCAAGGGGAGAGGAUGGGUUUAGUACUCAAGAAAGAGGGUCGCAGCAGGGGAAAAGGAGACAAAAGACCCAAUCGGGGGAGGGGGCUACUACAGGGGAGGAAGAGGCGGGGGGCAAAACCAGUAAGGAAUCAUCAGGGAGUUCGGGGAAGGAGAGUGAGGCAGACACAGGCUCACAUGGUGCGGCCUCAAAGGGAAGCAGGGCAGGGGAAGAAGAGUCAGGCAUGGCGGGAGGGAGAGAGGUGGUCUUGACGGAUAAGGAUCACUUAGAGGGGUCCCCACAGCAUGAAGAGGACAGAAGUGGAGCUCAGGGGUCCCAGGGACAUGAAACACUGGAGGAUGAAGAAAGAAUUUUGCAGGCGGAGGAGGAUCAGAGGGAGAGCUCAGCGGACACAGAGAGCGAAGCUUCUUCAGAGGAAGAGGAAGAAGAGGAGGAGGAAGAACAGGAAGACUCGGAUGUGGAAGACUGGUCAAGGGAGCGGUGGAUAAAGGAGGUAGAGCAGUUGGAAUGGGGGAGGACGAUCGCGUGUGAAAUUAGACUGGCCCACCAUAAACACCUGAGGAACCUCCAACAAGCCACACAAGCAAGGGAGGACAUCACAUCAGAGAACAGGUUUGAAUUGCUAAGGAGGGAAGGAGAAAUCAACGAGUUCUACGCAUCUCAGUACGCAAGUCAGACCCGCACAGUAAGGAAUGAGAUCCACAUACAGCAGGAGGAAUAUGGGAGGAUAUUCCAAUGGCCAAAGACCUACCACAUCAAGGAAAGGAAGAGGGACGGUAAGAAACGGAAGGUACAAAUGGUAGAGGAGCAAAGCAGUGCAACUGGUGGGGGGAAUGACUCGAUGGAGGAUGCAGCAAUGGAGGAGGAUCGAGUGAAGGAAGAGAGUGAAGAGGAAGAGGUGCAGGAUUUGAGAAGGCAAUCUGCGAUUUUGGUGGUGCAGGAAACACAUCUUCAGGAAUCGGAAGAACACCAGAAAACGAAGUACAAGAUUGAGAAGAAACUGCAAAGAGUUAAGACAGCAUGGUGGGCCCCGGCAGCAAGUAACCAUUCCACGGGGGUGGUUAUACUGCAAAGCAAAAGGGCUAUGGCGGCAGACAGGAUUCGCAUCACAGAAGCAAGGGUGGACAAGGAGGAGGGAAGAUGGGUCAAGGUCGACUUCGAGCUGCAUGAGGAACCCUACACGCUACUCUCAGUUUGUUCAGAAGUACCUGACACACCAGUUCCUCUUCGAAUGUCUGUGAAUGGGGUGAGCAUGGACAUCUCGAAAUGCUUCAACUCCAACACUUCAUGCAGUUAUGGGCUGGAGCAUGGAUGUGAAUAUCCUUGCCACCUGCUGUUCUCUGAAGAUGCAACUCCCGAGGUUAGGAGUAUUCAGGUUGAACCCCCAAACAAGGGACUCACUGGCGAAGAAACGCUCAUCAUCUCAGGAAGCAGAUUUGGAGAAGCUGAGGAUGCAGUUGUUAUGCUCCGGUCUCAAUCCUCCCCACAUAACUAUAGUGGGGAAUGUAUAGUUUUAUCUGUCACGAACAACACCACGCUCCACUGUCAGCUUCCUGCUCUGACUGCUGGGAGGUACUUGGUCUACCUAUCAUUCAAACAUAUUGGGCAUGCACGGUUUGGGUACCCAUUCCAUGCUGUACAGAACUUCACAACUGGCAUCUAUUCAAUUACACCACAGGCAGGGUCACUGUACGGUGGGACAGAUGUGACCAUUCUGGGCUAUGGAUUCUCAACAAUUAGAGGCUACAACCGCGUUUGGUUUGGUGACAAUCUUGAAGCGAAGGUGCUAUUCAGCAGUGCGGGCAAGCUUCAAGUGGUGGCACCGGCAAGUAAUUAUUCUGUUAACGUGGUAGUAAGGGUGGAAGUCUGUUUCCAGGAAGCUUCUGUUGAAUACAUGGCAAUCACUGGAUAUGAUGGCUAUAUUCGUUUAGGACCGUCUGUACCACCUUCUGUACCACUGUCUGCACCACCUUCUGUAUCAGAAGGGACAAAUAUCUUCACUUUUGAUCGGGCCUUGACCCCAAUCAUUCAAUACACAGAACCACACAAUGUCAAACCAUGGGAACGGAACGAUAUUGUGAUCAGAGGCUCUAACUUCUUGCCAACUGCAACUGUAGAUCCAGCUUCAAUUCAAGUGUUUGUGGGGAGAGAAAUUUGUGACAUCAAGAAGAACUAUUCCGCUCCCUCUGCUCGGACUCCCUCCCCUGCACCGGAGUACGAGUUUGACAAGUACGAGAGCCCCAGCCCUUCUCCUGCACCGGAGGAGCAGGAGGCCUCCCCUGCAACAGAUGCUGCUCCUGCACCGGAGGAGCAGGAGCCCCCCCCUGAAACAGAUGCUGCUCCUGCACCCGUGUUCGAGGAAGAGGAUGAUCUUUUACCAGAUGACGAUAGUGGAGCUGAUGGUGUUGCCCCUUCACCAGUGGAAUCUAGUGCAUCAUUCACAAGACGGCUGUUAGAUUAUACCGACGGGAUGGAUGCCAUAAUUUACUCGGUCACGAAUGAGGUGUUGGCAUGUGAAGUUCCAGGAAUGAUGGCUGGCAUGCAUCCAGUUGUUGUCAACAUCAAGGGUAUUGGCCAAUCACUAGGCCCAUUGAGGGUGAACCAAACGGAUGAAGAGCUUUUGAGGUACAGGUUGUUGGAUGCUGCCAUUUCUGAGCAAGUACAUCCUGUAUUCCUGAAUGUCCGAUUCACAUUGACUGACAUCAGCCCAAGGUCAGGAAGUGUUGCAGGCGGAGUCAAUGUCACCUUUACUGGACUUGGCUUCGGUAGCAGAAUUGCAGAUCAUCGUGUGACAAUUGGUAACAUUCCCUGUGAUGUCAUAGAAGCUAGUCCGACAAAUAUUGUGUGUGUAUCAGGAAGGAGCAACGGUCAUGUUGGAGCCUUUGAUAUUGAUGUGUGGAUAGGCGACAAUUUCCAUGGUGCAGCUGAAACGUUUGGGACAUUUGAGUACUCUGGUGAAGCCACACCAUUUGUUUACACCAUCACACCUCACCGAGGAACAACUGCAGGCAACAAUCUUGUCCUCAUUACUGGAGAAGGAUUUGGGAAUGUUGCUGAGGAUGUGAAGGCUUACAUUGACGAGGCUCCGUGCUCCAUAGUUUCCCCGAUGAAUGACACACACAUAUACUGCAGAACAGGGCCAAGCAAAGGUACUCGCCUGAAUGGAAGAGUGUGGGUUGAUGUAUCGGGGAAAGGUCAUUCUUUGGCAGAUUUGGCUCCCAAUGCUACCUCGAGCCCUAGACAGAACAUUGACUGGGGAACGUUCAAUAGAACUCAAGCCGUGAUCUUUCAGUACAUUGAUGUCUGGAGCAGCAGGACGACGUGGGGGAACAGUCUCCUUCCAAUUGAAGGAGAUUCAGUUUAUGUCCCUGCAAACACAACAUUGUACGUUGACAUGCUCACACCCAAGCUGGAACUCGUCAUCAUUGAGGGAGAUGUUGUGUUUGAUGAUACGACUGAUGUGUCCCUCAGUGCCAAAUGGAUUGUGAUAAGGAGUGGUAGUUUGGUGGUGGGAACGCCAGAAAAUCCUUUCAAUCACAAGGCCACAAUCACGCUCAGGUGUGACACAGAGUGUCAAGAGUUGCCCAUCUAUGGCGCGAAGGUCAUUGCAGUACGAUAUGGAAAACUAAUGAUGCACGGAAAGCCAAAGGUGCCCUCAUGGACUCGCCUCAACAGAACUGCAAGCCCCGGUGACACCACAGUCUCCCUUUCUGAGUCUGUUAACUGGGAGAUAGGUGAUGAGGUAGCCAUUGCACCCUCUAAUUUUGUCCCUACUGAGGUGGAUACUGCUCAGAUUAUUGAUAUACGCCAAAAUGGAACACAGCUGGUACUGGACUCUCCCCUGCAGUUUCCCCAUGUUGGACAAGUUCUUACAAUCGAAGGACAGCCCCUUGAUGUGCGUGCUGAGGUAGCAGUGUUGAGCAGGAAUGUUGUGAUUGAAGGAAGUAGCGACAGCCAAGCGAUGCAGUUUGGUGCAACAGUCAUGAUGCAUAGUCCUGGAGCAGAUAGCCUUGUUGGUACAUUCUCGAAUGUUGAAGUUCGUCAGGCAGGUCAAGCUUUCCGAUUGGGCCGCUAUCCAAUUCAUUUCCACAUGAUUGGAACAGUGUCCAGAUCUUAUGUCAAGAACUGCAGUAUUCAUCACACCUACAACAGGGCAAUUGCUGUCCAUGGCGUCAACAAUCUCACAGUGGCAAACAACGUGGCCUACAGAACCAUGGGCCACACCUUUUUUGUGGAGGAUGGAGCAGAAAUGUAUAAUGUAUUUGAUGGGAAUUUGGGCAUGGACACUCGACCAUCUUCCAGCCUUUUGAACACUGAUCAGACCCCGGCCACAUUUUGGGUGACAAACCCGCUCAACUAUGUCCGAAACAAUGUUGCAGCAGGCUCAGCAUCAUACGGAUUCUGGUAUAAGCUAGAUGAGUCACCAUCUGGUGCGUCUGAAGCAGCUUUCUCAAAUGUCAUUUGCCCAUUGAGAAGCCCACUUGGACAGUAUAAAAACAAUGUUGCACACAGUAAUAAUGUUUAUGGACUCCGAGUUCAUCCUGUCUAUAGACCUGGGCGCCUCCCUUACGGGUUGCGAUAUAAUCCAACUUAUGCAGUGUUUGAGGGGCUGCGUGCAUACAGAUGUGGAAGCAAGUGUGCUAUUGGAGGUACUACUGAACGCGUUCAAUUCGCCAACUUUACAGUUGCUGACUGUGGGGGUGCACGAACAAGACCUAAAGUAGCUGGCAAAGAUCGUGCUUCCGGAAUAGAAAUAACAUUUGCCUAUUCAGACAGGCCAGCAAUAACAAAUGCACUUGUAAUAGCAGACAUGGGAGGUCGGCGGACGUCGGCGGAGGCGGGCGGAGGUGGAGUGUCGGCGGAGGUCGACGGAGGUCAGCGGAGGUCGGCGGAGGUGGAGCGGAGGUCGGCGGAGGUGGAGCGGAGGUCGGCGGAGGUUGGCGGAGGUCGACGGAGGUGGAGAGGAGGUUGGCAGAGGUGGGCGGAGGUCAGUGGAGGUGGGGCGGAGGUGGAGCGGAGGUGGGCGGAGGUCGGCGGAGGUGGAGCGAAGGUGGGCGGAGGUGGGCGAAGGUCGGCGGAGGUGGGCGGAGGCGGGCGGAGGGGAUCGGGAUCGGGAUUGGGAAGCAAAAGCGGAGAGGAGGUGGUCGCGUGGACCGCAGAUGGGCCGAUGUGCGCGGAGGUGGGCGGAGGUGGGCAGGUGGAGCGAAGGUGGGUGGAGGUGGGCGAAGGUCGGCGAAGGUGGGCGGAGGCGGGUGGAGGGGAUCGGGAUCAGGAUUGGGAAGUGGAAGCGGAGGUAGUGAACUUGCCACGUGGCGAUCUUCGCACAUGGGAGGGGGAAGUGGUGAACUUCCCACGUGGCGAUCUUGUCACGUGGGAGGGGGAGGUGGCGAGCUUGCCGCCGGAAGCGGAAGCGGGGGGAAAGCGCAAGCAAAGGGGGAAGUCGGGGGAAGAAGAAGAAGAAGAGGAAAAAGAAGAUGAAGAAGAAGAAGAAGAAGGCGGACGCGGAGCCGACGACGCAGGCGCAUGCGGAGCCGAAGGCUACGCGGCGGAGGUGGGGAAGCCGACAGAAGCGGAGGUGGAGGAGGACACGCAGGGGGAGCCGAGGCAGAGCCGGAGCCGAGGCGGAGCCGGAGCCGAGGCGGAGGAGGUGGAGAAGUCGACGGAAGCGCAGGUGGAGGAGGACACGCAGGGGGAGGCAGAGGCGGAGCCGGAGCCGGAAGCCAAGGCGGAGGAGGUGGGGAAGUCGGCGGAACCGGCGGUGGCGGAGGACAGGCAGGGACCACUUGCCACGUGGGCCACUUGGCACGUGGCCAACUUGGCACGUGACGAUCUUGCCACGUGUCGAGCUUCCCCGUAAAAGGGAUCAGGAUGACGGCGACAACGGCAGGGGAAAAAGAAGAAGAAGAAGAAGAAGAAGAAGAAGAAGAAGAUUGAUUGAUUGAUCGAUUGGUGUCGGCUCGCGAAUCAAUCAGUCAAUCAAUC